CGUGCACUAAAUUCGUCGAUAUUUAAAUCAAACAUUCCUUUGUUAUCAGAUGAAUUGUAAUAAAAAUAAUAUUCAAUUCAAUAAAUCAGUUGAUCAAACAUAUAAUACAUUAAGUUUGACAUCAUUAUGUUUUGACUUGGCUUCAGCAAUAUCACCAAAUAUGAAUAUCCAACCAAUUCAUUGUAAUUCAGAUACACUUGGUGAAGAGUUAGCACAAUAUGUCCUGACAAAAGUCGAUAAUAAUAAUAAUAAUAAUGAUAAAAUUUUAAAAUAUGAUAAUAUUUUACCUACAUCAAGUUCAUUUGAUGCUACAACAACUGCUCUAUCUACAAUACCUCCUCUGGAAACAACUGAAACUGAUUUGUUUUUAAAAACACUUGAAAAAUUUCAGUCUACUGGGAAACAAAAGUAUAAUGUAGAAAAAUUGUUUUCUUGUUCAAAAUGUGUCGGAGAUGUUCUUGUGAUAUGAUUGUAAUUUCAAAUAUUUCAAUCAAACAAUAACAUUUUACUCUUCAAGAAUAACAAUUAAACCUCAUGUUCUUUUAUAUUUUAUUACAGAUUAAGUUUAAUAUGAUGAAAAUAUAUUUAAUAUAAAUUUA